UUAAAACCGACGCUGAUUACAAGACGCCCCGGACCGGCGUCGCUCCUGAAACACGCUCCUAAACCAGUUUAGAGUUCCGGCAUUUUUUCAACUUGAAGAAAUUUCGAAAGCGCUUCGUUCCGGAAAUGUGCCGCUAAUUUCGAAAGUAUGUCCUGCUGGGAUUACGAUGGUGUGAACAAAAAGUGAUCCUGUGGUUCCGGGUCAUGUUUUCUUACCAUUAGCAAAUGCUUCUCGAUAAUUAAGGACAAUGGAUUGCAGAGUCCUGCUUUUGUGGCUAUCUACCAACUGGAUACACGAUUGCGCGGAAGGCGGUUCGGAGCACAACAGUCCAUACUGGGAGCAAUCGUUUUCUCCGCCGUAUUUUGACAAUACGACUCGAAGGGAGGUCACAACUACAGUGGGCCAAACGGCUCAUUUGCAUUGUAGAGUCAGAAACCUGGGAGACAGAGCUGUAUCGUGGAUCCGCAAGCGGGAUUUGCACAUUCUGACAGUGGGGAUCCUGACUUACACGAACGAUCAACGAUUUCAGUCCUUGCACACAGAUGGUUCAGACGAGUGGACGCUAAAGGUAACGUCCCCUCAAACUAGAGAUUCCGGCAUCUACGAGUGUCAAGUCAGUACCGAACCUAAAAUUAGCCAAGCGUUCAAACUGAAUGUUGUAGUUUCAAAGGCCAAAAUAGUGGGUAACCCCGAGUUGUACAUCAAAAGUGGAAGUGAUAUAAACUUAACGUGCAUAGUUCUCCAGACGCCAGACCCACCAAGUUUCAUCUACUGGUACCGGGGAGGAAACGUGAUUAACUAUUCACAGCGUGGUGGCAUAAGCGUAGUCACCGAGAAGCAAACACGAACAAGUCGUUUGUUGAUUUCACGAGCCUUGCCCCAGGACAGCGGCAACUACACAUGUUCGCCCUCCAGCAGCGACGCCGCCAGCGUCCUUGUGCAUGUCCUUAACGGGGAGCAACCGGCAGCCAUGCAGCACGGCAACAACAGCAGCACCGCCAUUUGCUGGACGAUAGAUUUCGUACUCGUUAUAUUCCUCCAGUGCUUUGUGCUCGAAAGGUGAAUGCCAACGGUCCUCUAAUGCAGUCUAUUAUAUAUCAGCGAUAAAUGUUUAUCAAUUUGAUAAUGGUAACACUGUGGCCGUGUAAAUAUCAGCGAAUGACCAGUUAUUGUUGUAUGUCCAACACGUAUAUCAUAAUUUGUUUGUAUAAUUCUGAUGUACAUAGUUGUUGCUGUUAAAUUGUUGUCAUAGAUGAAAAUUACAGCUGGUCUAUAUCAUAUGUGGCUGUCUGAUUUAUUGCCAUUAUUUAUCACACCGAUACCAUAUUUCAAUCAGCUCCAUGCAUACAGGGUGAGCCCUUCGGCCCGACAUUACAAACUUUCUAACUGCCGACGUAGACACGGCUUAAUUUCGCGCGGAUUUAAGUGUGGAUUACAAUUCAGAAUGGCCCAAAAUUUUAAAUCCGUUAAAUGUAGGCCGGAAAAAAUCACCCUGCAUAUGCUUGAUAAUCGGGACUUGUUCUAAAGAACGAAAAAUCAAAUUUUGAUAGGCUGAGCCUGUCGGUCGACAACGAUCGAUUAUUUUACAUAACCAUGAGCAAAGUACAUUUUUGACUAAAAAAUUAGAACGUUAACUGCACUGACAAACUUCACGCAAUUUCUAAACACAUUCACGUUUUUAUCGUUUGAUUGAAAGAAUCGUGCCAGUAUAUAGUACAAUCACAAACUUUCCACACUCACGAGGUAAACCCGGUCAGGGGAGAACGUUUAAAAUAUUCAGUUGUGAUUGAGUGUUUUUCAACCAUCCUGAAUGCGGUGUAGGCGACCAUACAAUUCGAUAUCGUGUAAAAGGAUUUGUGAAUUUGAGAUUAUAAAACUGGUACAUGUUCCUGUGUUUAUUAAUCUUCCAUUCAUCUCAUUUCAUACAUUUUCAGUCCCAGCUAUCCGAGCUAAUUGGGACGACACCUACCUCUGAUAGCGCAAACUCUUGCAGUUUAUUUAUAUAUUUCUAUUUUUUGAAGCUCGCAUAAUACAGAUAAUCGGGACUCGGAGAGGUGGGACUCUACUGUAACUUAUAAUAGUAAUACACGUUGAAUACUGACUGUAUAUACUUAUUUUAGUAUAAUAUCAAAUUUGUGUUUCAAAAAUGAUAACUAGCGUUAGGGUCGACACUUGAAGUCGCAAGAUUCGUGUUAAAUUAAUUUAACAAAUCACUAUGCAAAGUUAAUGUGAAUUAAUAAUCAACUCAGCCCCUGCUUCGACUACAGCCUCAUCAACAAUAUUGCAUAUCACAUGACCGCCACGGUUUAAAAUCUGUAGCUACCAGAGUCAGAGUCCAGAAAUGCAUUACUUAAACAAUCGGAAAAUGCCGCUCAAUGUGUGAUUGUGAUUGCGUGAUAAUGUUGUUUUCCGACUGACUGACGUUGUCACAUACAAAAUAAUUGCAUAAAUGAUGCACUAAAUCUAAAUUAAGGCAUUGUAGUUUCAACGCACUACACAAUAAUUAGCUAAAUUAAGUGCAUCAUAGCUUUUAUCUUCCAAUGUCAUUCGACGUUAAUUAAUAAUGAAAGUGGUGUUUAAGUGAUGAAUUUGAGGAUUUCCAAUUUCCAGUGUUAUUUUAAGUCACGGCCUAACACAGAACACAUUUAUUAUGACGUUUAUUUGUACUUUAUGUAACAUACAUAGCUUAUUAAAUGGCAUUCCAGCGAUGUCGUGACUUGAUUUAAACUUUGAUGUACAAUUUCACUGUAAAAUUUUUCUAAAAUUGUAGAAACCAUUAUAGUUUUCGUUGUGUUAGUUUUUAUAUGCGUAAAAAUAUAUGUUUAAAGUUUAUUUAUCUAAAUGUAGACCAUUUGAAUUUGUUAUGUAAAUAUUAGCAAUAAAUAGGAAUAAUGUUAAUAUAAGCUUCAAAAAUUAGAAAGCUAUUUAGAUAUUUGUUUUAGAUUUUAUUGUAAUAUAUGACCAAAUAAAUAUUUGUACUUAA